AUGUCAGCAACAAGAGAAACUAGCAACAUCACACAACAAGCAUCAUCAGCUAAUAAUAGUAGUAGUAGUAAGGAGGGUGUUGUUAAAUAUCCAAACAAGUACACUACGGAUCCAAUUAAUUUAAAUGAUUUUUAUUCGUCAUUACAUUUCUCGGAGGAAACAUUAACACAAGAACAAAGAGACAUUUAUAAGGAGAUGGAAAUUUUUGACUAUUGCAAUCAACAAGCAAUUAAAAUUGUUGGAGAUCCAAAGGUUGGUCAAGCACAUUAUAUUGAAAGAUUAUGCUCUAUGAAAUACUUGAAAGGUUCUUCUUGCUUGGAUAAAUACGUCUCUUUUAAUGCCGAAGAAACACCAGGAAGACUAAACUCAUCAACAAAGGAUUACGCCCAAUUUUAUUAUAAUUUAAUGCACUGUCAGGAACGAGAUGAAGAUUCAAGUGCCAAGUAUAAAGUAUUAUUAGAAGAAAGAGAAGAUUUCUCAAAUGUCAAAUCGCACCAAUUGAAAGAUGUAUUUCCAAUUAUUCAUGAUAAUUUACUUUUGAAAAAUAGUGAUUCCUUAAAGGAAAUUUUUUCUAAAAUUGAUCCUAAUAGCGAAGAUCGUUCAAAACAACUUUUUGAACAUUUAACCAAUAGAACUGCAUUGCCUCAAUAUGAAAAUUUGAGGAAAUGUGCCAAGGAACGAUAUGUUAAAUCUGUUCAUGACGAUGAUACUUUUGGAUUAAACCAAAAUAAUGUCAACGAACUAGCUCAUAAGUGUUUUGUUCCUUAUUUUGAAUUUUUCACAAGGAUUGGAACUGUCCUUUGUAGAAGGCAAAUUGAAAACUGCUUGGCUCUUGGUUUGAAGAAACAACGUACAACUGUUCCAGAGGCCAAUGUUUUCUACCUUAACACAUGCUUUUCAGAUGAUUCACUCGUGGCUGAUUGUAUGAAAUAUACAGAGAAGUAUUUUAUUGAUAAGUUAGAAGAAUAA